UGUAGGGAGGGGGUGGGGAAGAGUUCAUCGGUUGUACACUUUCCAUAGCCUCCCUGCCGAGUAUCCGGCCAGGACUCGGAUUAUGUAAAAACCCUCCUCCAGUGACCUUGCCGUGAUGUAGCUACUGGCUUUGAUCGCCCAAGCUGCUCCAUCACAUGAGGAGUGACACUUUGUCCCUCCAGUGUGUGCACAUUUUCUUCCUCCUUCCGUGUCUCGGCCGGAAAAUCUCCCCUCCAUAGGGUUUCCUGCUUAUUGGAUUCUCCGGACCGUCGUCCCUUUCUAGUCGAAUUUAAACUUGUUUUAAGGCUGUACCAGUACCUGGCCUUGGAAUCUUAAUGCCAACAGUACUUGGGAGUACUUAAUGCCAACAGUACUUGUGCAUAGAUACUUGGCUAAAAGCCUGCGAAAAGAAGAAAAAGUGAGUGAGAAGGUUGGAGGAGCAGAAGGAACCAAGCUCGAUGAGGAUUUCAAAGAAAUGGAACGGAAAGUGGACGUCACCAGCAGAGCUGUGAUGGAAAUAAUGACCAAGACAAUAGAAUACCUCCAGCCUAAUCCAGCUUCCAGAGCUAGACUGAGCAUGCUCAACACCAUGUCCAAAAUUCGAGGCCAGGAGAAAGGACCAGGUUACCCUCAAGCUGAAACUCUGCUAGCAGAGGCAAUGCUGAAGUUUGGAAGAGAACUUGGAGACGAAUGCAACUUUGGUCCAGCUCUAGGAGAUGUUGGAGAAGCCAUGAAGGAUCUUUCUGAGGUGAAAGAUUCUUUGGACAUUGAUGUGAAACAGAAUUUUAUUGAUCCCCUUCAAAAUCUCCAUGACAAAGAUCUGAGGGAAAUACAGCACCAUCUUAAAAAAUUAGAGGGCAGACGCCUGGAUUUUGAUUACAAGAAGAAAAGACAAGGCAAGAUCCCAGAUGAUGAGCUCCGUCAGGCUCUGGAGAAGUUUGAUGAGUCAAAGGAAGUUGCUGAAUUGAGCAUGUUUAAUCUGCUAGAGAUGGAUAUUGAACAAGUGAGCCAGCUUUCUGCACUUGUACAAGCCCAACUGGAGUACCACAAGCAAGCCACGCAGAUCCUACAGCGAGUUAGUUCCAGUCUUGAAGAGAGAAUAAAGGAUGCAUCAAUUCAACCCAGAAGAGAAUAUCAGCCAAAGCCCCGGAUGAGCUUGGACUUAACUGACAAUACCCAGCACAAUGGUGGGAUAUCCCAAGCCAGUACCCCUAAGCCCUCAGGUGCUGCUAUGGACCAGCCAUGCUGUCGAUCUCUGUAUGACUUUGAUCCAGAGAACGAAGGGGAACUGGGCUUUAAAGAGGGUGACAUUAUUACCCUCACUAAUCAGAUUGAUGAAAACUGGUAUGAAGGAAUGCUUCAUGGUCAGUCAGGUUUCUUUCCCAUCAAUUAUGUGGAAAUUCUCGUUCCUCUUCCUCAUUAGGAUGGCUGAAUUGCCACGUCUUGACCCCCCUAAAAAUAAAUGUCAUGUGUUGAUACCACUGCUUAUAAAAAUAAAGAAUAAAUAAAAUGGCUGCUUACUCCACAUCACAAGUAUAAGCUGCAGUGGUUCAAAAGUCAUCCGGCCCCACUGACAAUCUUUGGUUUUUGUGUUGUCGUGCUGCGUAGUGGUGAUGCGUGGUAUCUUCUCAAGGCGGCACAGUCAGGCACCUGGGAUGUUUACAUUACACCCGUGGUUGUCUCAGAGGGGAUGUUUGCCCGGAACAGGGAGGGGAAGGCAGUGGUGAAGGAUGCGACUCAGUCACAGUGUUGUGGAAGGGGGAGCAGCUAGAUUAUCAGGGAAGAUAAAGCAUAUCACCACUCUGCUGCAAUUUUAGUUCUCUGUAGGAAGAGGGGGGAAAUGCCCUUGGCCAUUCCAUCUUCCCCCUCCCAAAGGAUGCGGUUUACGCAGAUCUAAUAUUGCUAACCAGCUUUUUGUGUCUUCUCUUCUCAAAACUGACCGAGUUCUGCCCCUUGGAGAAACAGCAUUGCGCAUACUGCAGUUUGUCUGCAAAUGAGCCGCCACCAUUCUGUCCGUGCUGUUGGCGUAGAACUAGCUUUUUAUAAACUAGAUUAUCUAACCAGGGGCCCAUCCAGUAUUCAGGUUAAACAUUAAAAGCAUCCAAAGGAUAGGCCAGUGAAACAAAGUGUAGGUCCAUGCACCCCAUGUGGCUGCUCAGACACUUUGAACAUCAUGCCAGCAGCAAAUAGAUGAUGCUAAAAAAAAGAGGAAUAAAUAAAUAAAUAAAUGUAUCUGUUCUCACUUUGUGUAAAGUCUGGGCACAAUAUAAAUAAAAGCUUACAAUUUUAAAACACCAAGGGCCCUUAUUCUACAUCGUCACUAAAAUAAAAAAUAAAAAGAAGAGCAACUUAACACCGUGUAUUUUCAUUUUCAUUGACCUUGUGUUCUUUGAACAUCAUUUGUGUAUAUUCUGCCCUCAAUGAGGACUAAAAAAAAAAAAAAAUCCUUGUACUGAGCAAUUAAAGCAACAUGUGGCUAUAUAUGCAAAAACAUUUGAGUUCUUUUUCUCUCCAGAGUCUCCUAUUGUUUUGUUUGUUUCACCUCUUGCAUUCUGUGUGUGUAGUGACGUGUCUAGCUGAUUCACUGUUCUCUUUUGGCAACUACUAUAAGAGUUUGAUUUGAAUUAUCCAGAGUUCUAUUUAUCUAUAUAUACCUGUACAGACUCUUCCUGUGCUGCGCUUUGGAUGUGCCACUUCAGUAUUCAAUCAUGUGAAAAGAAAGCAAUCCUCCUGCUUUUAAUGUAUAAAACUUAUAUCAUGGAAAGCAUUGAUAUUUCAAAUAAAAAUGCUGACUGACUAGCCAGAA